CAGUAUGUUCCACCAUUGAACUUUGCUCUUGUGGAAGACAAGAUAUAUCGGUCUGGAUUUCCCAUGCCAAUCAACUAUCCGUUUCUCAAACAAUUGAAGCUCAAGACAAUUAUCUACUUAGACAAGCAUGGAACAGCAGAAAUCAUGGCCCAGUACCAGGAAUGGCUAACUACAACAGACAUCAAGUUUCACAACUUGUUGAUGGAAGCGUCACAGGAGCCUUUCAAUCGACCCGAUGAGCAUCAACAAGCGCAGGAGUCACUUACUAUUGCUCUUCUGUUGAUGUUAGAUAAACAAAAUUUUCCCAUGUUGAUUCAUUCUAAUAAGGGAAAACAUAGAACUGGUGUUCUUGUAGGGUUGAUGCGCAAAUUGCUUCAGGGCUGGAGUAUGAGUGGCAUCUUUGAAGAAUAUGAGCAGUUUGCAAUGGGCAAGUCUGAGUUUGACUUGGAGUUUAUUGAGUUAUGGCAGCCAGAGUUGUGGGUGGAUGAUGGUUGCAAGCCCGAUUUUGUAAGAAUAUGA